AUGAACACUUCAGUGGACGACGGAGAUUCACGUUGUGCAAUAUGCUAUGAAGAAUUUGGCGACUGUUCGGAAUUCGAUGAAGAAGAUGCAAGAUGUAUGCGUGUAAAUGUGAAAGGUUGUCAGCACCUAUUUUGCCGUAACUGUCUACUGCAUCAAUGUUCGUAUUCCCUAUCCAACCGAGACUAUCCUAUUGAAUGUCCAGCAAGCCCUACCAACUGCGACAAUACCAUCACUGAUGAACAAGUUAGAGAUAUUUUGCUCCGCCCUUCUGCCGAGAAAGCCGACGAUUCACGUAGGGGCGUCGCAAAAUGGAGGGACUACCUUCGAUUGAAACAACUUUCAAAGGAUCCGACCUUGAUGCCCUGCUCUCGGUGCCAAGAGAUCGUUUCAAAAGCCGAACACAUAAAGGACGAAAUUACCUGUCCUAGCACUCUAGAAUGCCCGUCAUGUAGGCAUGUAUUCUGUUCCAUCCAUGGGGAUGCUCAUCCAAUCCAAUCAUGUGCCUUUUACAACAAGCAAAAGACCAGUUGUCUGGACCGCAAGUCAGAAAGGCUUAUAAGGACGAAUACAAAGCCUUGCUCUCAUUGUGGGGCUCCAAUUGAAAAGGCAUCGGGUUGUGAUCACGUUGUCUGCCCUUCCUGUGGAGAUGAUAUGUGCUAUCGGUGUGGGAAACAUGAUUUGACUGGAAACACAAUUCGUGUUUGCCAAAACUGCGAUCGUUCCUACGUCGACCAUCGUCGAAUUUGGAAGUAUCGAUUGAUCAUUUGUUUGAGUCUACCACUUCUCAUUCCAUUUGUCGUUGCCUAUGUUGUAUUAAUGGCCGGCAUUUCUAUUGUGUCUCUUUGCUGCUGUUUCUGCCAGUGUGUGGGGCUGGAAUUGGAUGAAGAAGGGCACAAAUCCUUUUCUUUGAAACGCGGUGCUGCAAGGGUAACUUUGGUGGUUUUCCUUCCAGUAUUGGAUUUACUCGACACUUUUGGUGCAGACUGUGGAAUUAGUGCGAUGCUUCAGAAACAUGGGCUAGAGCAACACAUUCCUUCGUCACAACAUACAAUAACAAUGAUGACAAGAACUGGUGCCGACAAUGGCAAGGACGAUAUUGAUUCUGAGGAUUACGAAAGUGAUAGCAGUCAUGAAAAGGUUUGA